UAGAGCCGGAUUCUCUUUUGACAUUCGCAGUCGUUGAAAACUGGAAGCUUUUUGAGCGAACUCAGAAGUGUAGAAAUCUCCAACAAUGGCGCAACCUGAGAAUCCUGUCGUCCUGGACCAGACGUUGAAGCCUUUUUACCAGAGAGCCUCCGAAGCCGAGGACCGCUUAACAAGACUUGAAGCUGCCCUUGCUAGUAAGAAAGAUUCUGGAAAUAAGGAUGAUUCAAAGUUGAUCAGUGAACUCCAAGAAGAGAACAAGAAGCUCGCUGCAGAGAAUGCAAAGCUCCAGUACCGCAUACACCACCUUGUUCAGGCAGUCAGAGAUGCUGAUGUCAAGUUAGAGAAAAAGUGAGUAUAUUGAUUGUGGAAUUAAAAACUAGAGCGGUGUGUCUAUUAAAAAAGUAAUGGGGGAUUUUCUGAACGAUUACAUAUGGCGAGAAAAGAAAAAUAUAUGAAUUUGUACUUUUGAACUCGGAGACAUCAGUAAUACUUUUCUCUUGGGACACACAAUUGAUUGAUUAAGAUAUUCAGAUACUGCAGUUGCCUACAUCUGAUCACCUGUGGUGUAAUGGAUGUAUAUUCUUGUUAGCAUCAUUUUUAUGGUGUAAAAUAAUGGGAUUGUUUAAAAUAUUUACUUGUAUUUUGUGUGCA